AUGGCGGGCAACACUCGUAUGUCAACAUACUCGAUGACAUCUUCCGCCGCAGGAGCCGCUCGAAACUUUCAUGCUGCCGGACAACAAUCAUCCCCAGUAUCGACAACCACACUUUUGAAUGCCGUCCACCACAUUUAUACAUCCGGCCAGCCAUAUCGACUGGAUGCUAGCACUAGUUUGGUUGUGAAUACAUGGCUAUCAGCUUCACAGCCUGAUCGUGAGGGGAGAACGGGAGGUACAAUAGAUCCAGCCUUAGCCGCACGAGCCUGGGAGCAUGCCAGAAGACGUGCAGAAGAUGGUUGUAUUGUUUUAGGCUCCCUCCACGAAGCUACUCCUUCUAUCUUGGUUCCUUUCCUCAACACCCUGCCCCUGUCCAUCCCCGAUUCAUUAUAUACCGCCCUUGCCGUGUUACGACCAUUCAUCCAUUGUGUUUCCCCCCAAAAUCCGUCUGCACCUCGACAAUCUGCUCUCGGUGUGACUUUGACUCUAUCACUUGGUGGAAACCUAACUGCCGCAUCAAUAGCAUUAUCCGAGGGAGGAAUUGAUACCAAGAAGGGGCUUUUAAAUCUCCCGGCCGAGCCAGGACAUCGAGCUUUUGACGUCUUUUACUACCUUCUAACAUCUGCGUCAACGCCUGCCGAACGAGAAUUCUUGAGCUUGAAACAGGCUUCGAGUUAUGCGCUUUUGGAAAAGUCUGGUACAUAUGAUCCCCCAUCGUACCUUCCUACCGCGGACGAUGCAGCAGCUGCAGACGAUUUUAGAGCAUCUUUAAAGGCCAUCGGUAUCAAAGGUGCGGCGCACAGAGAUCUAAUCUCAAUACUAGCAGGAUUAUUGAAGCUAGGUGAUACUUUGAGCUUCAUUCUUGAUGGAGAUGCUUUGGAGGAGAUUUGUGAAGAUGUGGGAGGUCUUCUUGGCUUGGAACCUGAUGUUCUCGUCAAGCAAUGCACGACACAGGAGCGAGAAACUCUGAUCGGUGGACUUUAUGAAGCUCUUGUAGAUUGGGUGAUUUUGAAAGCCAACGAGGCCAUCGCUAGCGAGAUGGCUAGAAUCAAGGACGGCGAUUCUUCGAGUGAAGGGGGACCGGGAGCUCGAACCCCGAAUACCGAGGACGACAAUGGUGACACGGUUUGCAUAACUGUUCUUGAGAUCCCGGACCCGAAUCUGGGGAAAGCGGCCGCAAUGCGAGGCGUCUUUGACGACACUCAAGGUAUUAAUGCCGAGAUGAAAGAAGACGGUGUUGAUGUGGUUGCUGCUGGCUCAUCUGUUAUCCGGGAGAUGCAAAAUGCAGUUGCGGAAGUCGCUCCAGACCUUGGGAUCAUGACCGGACCCGCCGGAAGAGACCGCGAACACGAGCUCGAGAAACGUGAGAUUGUCUUGGAGAAGGUUGCCCGUGAGGGAGAAGACGAUGGUUUUCUCAAAAAACUUCUGCUCCCCAUUGAGGGCCAAGGUAUCAAUUUGGGCCGCAAUGGUCGUAUUGAUUUACCAUCUGUUCUUGGUAGCAGUCGUGUCUGGUAUCACUUGUCCAUGCAUCCUACCGAUGACUUACCUGCGACUUUGGCCUCGCUUCCCUCAACAACUUCGGCUUGGUCUGCCGGCGCCGUCUCACGCCAACUUCGCGCAUGGCGUUUGCCAGAAUGGGCCAAUCGACGGAACAAGAACCUAGAUUUUACCGCCGAUUUCGACUUUGAAGAGUUUGUUCAACGAUACUCUUCUCUUGGUUGCAAGGAUGGCCGUGAUGGCAUUGAAAGUUGGACCAUGGAACGUGGUUGGAGCAACGGCGAAGUUGUCAUUGGCAAAGAACGAAUAUGGAUCCGCGAAAGUGCUUGGUGGGAAGCUGAAACCAUGCUCGAUCUAAAGCCGGCUGAUGGGGAGUUCCAAAGCAUGGGUGGUCCGGGAGGGAUGGCAGGCAUGCUGGGAGCCCAUGACAUGAACACUGGAUACUCUUCUAACGCACCAAACGGAAGCGGUUUCUUUGCCGCUCCCAACAAUGAGUUAACGCCCGUUGGAAGUAAUGAUCAACUUAUGAGUCGCCAAAGUCAAGCAGGUGGAGCUCGAAGUGUUCUGGGAGCGCCUGCCCCCACACAGUCACGGAAUGUCAGUGGUGGCGACUAUGGACUUGGCUUUAAAGGAGACAGAACGUGGGGACAGGUAUAUUACACGGACGAGAAUGGGGAAAUGGUGAAUGAUCCCGAAGGUGGCAACGCAAAAGCUGUUGUCAACGAGAGGGCGACCAACCAGCGUCGUAUCUGGGUCGCUAUCACCUGGGCUUUUACGUGGUGGAUACCAUCGUUCGUCCUUCGAUUUGUUGGCCGUAUGAAACGUCCAGAUGUACGCAUGGCUUGGAGAGAAAAGCUGGUCUUGUGUUUCUUUAUCGUCUUCCUCAAUUGCUUGGUUGUAUUUUGGAUUAUCGAAUUUGGUAAACUCCUAUGCCCAAAUUCGGACAAAGCAUGGAAUGCGAAGGAAGUCGCCACCCACCAAGGUGACAAUGACUUUUGGGUCAGCAUUCAUGGAAAAGUAUACGAUCUCUCUAAAUUUUGGAAGUUGCAGCACAGUGACACCACUGUCACAACCACGUCCAGCGUUAUGCAACCCUUUGCUGGUAUGAACUUGGACAGCUAUUUCCCCCCACCAUUGAUUGUUGCCUGCCCUGGUCUUGUCACGGAUUAUACUUUGGUACUACAGGACAACACUACUGCCGAAUAUCCUGCUGGAGUUCAUACCUCCGGAAAUAGCUCCGCAUAUGUUACCAGCAAACUUUAUGACUGGAAUUGGUAUGCGGACGUAUACACACCUGCGAUCAAAGAGUAUUACCAUGGAGAUCUAGUAGUAAAGAAGAGCACGAUUGAGAACCAAGGUCAAAACCAGGGACAUUAUUGGGUUACCUUGAAGGGCAAGAUAUACGAUUUCACUAAUUAUUACUACACAUUAUCAUUGUAUGCUGGUGUGGAUACCUACGAGUUUAUCGACAGUACCAUUUAUCAAAUGGUAAUUACAAAUCCAGGCUUAGAUAUCACAAGUAAAUGGGAUGAUAACUACAAAAGCGCAAACGCUAGUUACCAAGUGGAUAUCCUUAACAACCUGAAUUGCAUGAACAAUUUGUUCUAUGCAGGUAUUCCCGACUUCCGCGAUUCUGUCAAAUGUCAAAUCAACAACUACAUCCUUCUCGCCUUUACAAUCGUUCUAUGUAGUGUCAUUGUCAUCAAGUUCGUAUCGGCACUUCAAUUUGGUUCGAAGAGUCGUCCAACUCCCCAAGACAAGUUUGUGAUUUGCCAGGUUCCGGCGUAUACCGAAGGUGAAGAUUCAUUGCGUAAAGCUUUGGACUCUUUGACAGCUUUGCAAUACGACAAUAAAAGAAAGCUCAUUUGUGUCAUUUGUGAUGGUAUGGUUGUAGGAGGUGGCAAUGACCGUCCAACACCAAAGAUUGUCCUCGAUAUUCUCGGUGUAGAUCCCAAGAUCGACCCUCCUGCGCUGCCGUUCAAGUCUGUUGGAGAAGGUAACGACCAACUCAACUAUGGUAAAAUCUACUCUGGUUUGUAUGAGUUUGAAGGAAAUGUAGUCCCGUACAUCGUAGUCGUCAAGGUUGGCAAGGAAUCCGAGCAAUCCAAAUCGAAACCCGGUAAUCGUGGAAAACGAGACUCCCAAAUUCUCCUCAUGAGCUUCCUCAACCGCGUCCAUCAUAGAGCACCCAUGAACCCACUGGAAUUAGAGAUGUUUCACCAAAUCAACAACAUCAUUGGCGUGGAUCCGGAGCUUUACGAAUAUCUAUUCAUGAUUGAUGCCGAUACCAGUGUCAAGGAAGAUUCUUUGAACCGUCUUGUAGCAGCCUGUACUAACGAUGGUAAAAUUGCUGGUAUCUGUGGCGAAACCAACCUCGAAAACGAAGAACAAUCUUGGUGGACGAUGAUUCAAGUGUACGAAUAUUUCAUCUCGCAUCAUUUGGCAAAAGCAUUCGAGUCUCUAUUUGGCAGUGUCACCUGUCUACCUGGUUGUUUUACUAUGUAUCGUAUACGUACAGCUGACAAAGGAAAGCCAUUAAUUAUCGCCGACGCUAUCAUUGAUGAGUACAGCGAGUGCGUUGUUGACACUCUACACAAGAAGAAUCUCCUAUCCCUUGGAGAGGAUCGAUUUUUGACUACAUUGAUGACCAAGCACUUCCCAUUCAUGAAGUACAAGUUCAUUCCCGAUGCAUAUGCUAGCACCUCCGCACCCGAAACCUGGAGCGUUCUUCUUUCCCAGAGAAGACGUUGGAUCAAUUCUACUAUUCACAAUCUAGCUGAGUUAGUCUGGCUUCCUGAAAUGUGCGGAUUCUGUUUUUUCAGCAUGAGAUUCGUUGUUUUCAUCGAUCUCUUUGGUACAAUUAUUCUUCCUGCAACGACCGUCUACCUCGCAUAUCUGAUCUACAAAGUCGCAACACAUCAAGGUCAAUUUCCCCUUAUUUCAAUUUGUAUGAUUGCUGGUACAUAUGGUCUACAAGCUUUGAUAUUUAUUCUCAAACGUCAAUGGCAACAUGUCGGAUGGAUGAUUAUCUAUAUCCUUGCUUUCCCCAUUUACUCCUUUGUUCUACCAAUCUACUCUUUCUGGAACCAAGACAACUUCUCAUGGGGUAAUACACGUAUUGUCCUUGGAGAGAAGGGCUUUGCAAAGGUCGUGGCCGUAGAUGAUGAUGGGUUCGAUCCAAGAAGCGUUCCCCUCCAACGAUGGGACGACUACGCUCAACACAACAACCUCCCAGGACGACGUGGAGUGCCAAUUGAAAAGGCAUACGAUACAUAUGAAGAUCAAUACGAAAUGGAUGAUAUGAAGUCCAUGUACUCGUCUGUCAAACCUGCGUCCACUAUCCUAACCGGUUUCCCUGGUCGUGGUCCAUACAUGCCCCCUCAAUCCACCUACUCCGCAAACCAGUAUGCCGACCACCCUCUUCGCAAUCAGUCUGCCAUGUCCCUUCGCCAACAAGAUCGUUCUGCCUCUCCUUACCAAGACUACGGUGCUAACAAUCGUCCCUCGAUGCAAAUGAUGUCUUCCGACAAUCUCCUUGUCGGUGGUCAAGGACGUCAUCAAUCACGUUCGUCAGUAGGCUUUGCAGGUGGCGCUCGUUCGCCAUUAGCGGGAGCUGCGAUGGACAGACCGGCUAGCGCAUUUGAUUUCCAGAGGGGUGUUUCUGGACCGGAUGAUAUGCAAAUUAUAGAGGCAAUACAGAGCUGUUUGAGAGAAGUGGAUCUGGAUAAUGUAACAAAGAAACAGGUUAGGGCUUUGGUAGAGCAGCGAUUGCAGACAGAAUUGGUCGGCGAGAGGAGGACUUUCUUGGAUAGGAGUAUCGAUAGUGAGUUGGCUGCUAUGUAG